GGUGAUUAUGACGUCAGAGGAGCUCGCUCGCCAUCUUUGAUGAGGGAUGAGGUUAUUUCACACACUCGCUGUAUGGACACGCACUAGGCGACCCAAAUCAGUGUUGAAGGAGGCAAGGCGGUAGUGGCAUUUCCUACGUGGUUGAUCGAGUGCACGCCAUUAAGAAAACUUCCCAUUUAGAGGCAGGCACCUCAUCCCUCCAUCAGCAGCCAUGGCAGAUGAAGCCGACAUGCGCAAUGAGCUGACAGAUAUGCAGGCCAGGGCUGAUCAGCUGGGCGAUGAGUCUUUGGAGAGUACACGGCGUAUGCUACAGUUGGUGGAAGAGAGUAAAGAUGCUGGUAUCAGAACUUUGGUUAUGCUGGAUGAACAGGGAGAACAACUGGAGCGCAUCGAAGAGGGAAUGGAUCAAAUCAAUAAGGACAUGAAAGAAGCAGAAAAGAAUUUGACGGAUCUAGGAAAUCUCUGUGGUCUAUGUCCAUGUCCAUGUAACAAGCUGAAAGGUGGUGGACAGUCCUGGGGUAAUAACCAGGAUGGAGUGGUGUCCAGUCAGCCGGCCCGUGUGGUCGAUGAACGUGAGCAGAUGGCCAUCAGUGGAGGAUUUAUCCGCAGGGUGACAAACGAUGCACGGGAGAAUGAAAUGGAUGAGAAUCUGGAACAGGUGGGAGGUAUCAUUGGUAACCUACGCCACAUGGCCCUGGACAUGGGCAAUGAGAUCGACACCCAAAACCGUCAAAUAGACAGGAUUAUGGAUAUGGCCGAUUCCAACAAAACCAGGAUCGACGAAGCCAACCAACGCGCCACAAAGAUGUUGGGAAGUGGCUAAAUCCCUUUCGAAAAGUGCUUUGGCUCCCUUUUUUCCUCCCUGCUGUACCUGCAACAGUGCACGUGUGCUAUUACCAUGUUUUCCACCCAAACGGUUGGCACACAUGCACUUCUCAUCCCAUUACUGCUCUAUGUAGGAAGUGUUGUUCUGUGUCUUUCUUAACUGAUAGUCUAGUAAAUGGUCACAUUUACUCUGUAUCUUUCUCUCCAAAGGUUAAAUGUACAUAGUGCAUAUUUGAUGGCUAGAGCUCAGAUGUGAAAUUUGUUUUUUGUUGGUUUCUUUAUGUUUUUUUAAAGUGUAUAUUUAUUUAAUAUAUAUAUAUACACGCUUUGGGGUGAAAUUUCUUAAAAGGUUUUUAGUAAUCUAUGUGUCCAUGCUCUGUGUUUUGCUCAAUAUAUGCCAUGCUUCAUAUUCUGAUGUAGUGAGACGGGAGAAGUAUUAGCCAGUAUGAUUCAGGAGAUCACUUGGCCGAUUGCUUAUCUUAGCCUGCCAUUUUGUAAGCCAUCACCGUUAGAGAGUGUGCACCGAUUAUUCUACCUAAAGUGGUCAUAUACUGUAAGUAUACGCCGUGUCACUUUCACUUUAUAUUAUCCGAAUCGUUCAUGAUGUGUAGACAUUACUGUACAGCAUGGGCUUAGUCAGUACAUGCAUUCAGUUCAAAGUAUCACAGUUCUGCAACAUCACAAUUGUGCCACACUCUUUCAUUUAUGUUCAUCUGCAAAAUGUGUCAGUUGUUGUAAAAUCUGAAUUAUGAGAAAAUGCCAAUAAAAAUUAAACAAAC